AUGAGUCGUUCAAACAUUAACAGUGCAACUACGCAGGCUUCUAGUGGUAGCGGUAGGGGUAAUGGUAACAUUAGCAAAGGGCAAAUUAAUGGCACCAUUUCCGAAUUUAAUUUGAAAGUUGACGACUUCAGUUCGUGGAUUGAACGCUUUGAAUUGUAUGUAUUAUUAAAUGAAAUUAAUUCUCACAAAAAGAAAUUAAUGUUCUUAACACUUUUGGGCAAUGACGGUUAUGUAUUAGUCAGAGAUCUUUGUACUCCAUUUAAGCCAGUAGAUAAAAGUUAUGACACACUAAAAGAAAUGUUAUCUAAUUAUAUUAAUCCUAAACCUAAUGUUCUAACUGAACGUUACAAGUUUAAGGAGAGAAAACAAGGUUCAGAAGAAACAAUAAGUCAAUUUGUGACUGCAUUAAAAAAGCUUUCACAGUAUUGCGAAUUUGGUAAUAAUUUGGAUGAUUCAUUGAGAGACCAAGUUGUUUACGGUAUCAGGGAUAACAACAUAAAAAAACGUUUAAUGUCUGAACCGGAGUUAACAUUUAGAAAAAGUGUUACACUUUGUUUGUCAAUGGAAGCAGCGAACAAUGAUGUGUCUCAUUGGGAAAAACAGGAAUUGAAUUAUCAGCGAGGAAUGAAGUUUAAGCAAAACAGACAACCAUGGGGACAAGGGAAGUCAAGGAAAGCACACAGAUCAGAUUCAAUGCCAAAUAAUCAAAAGGAUUCAACGAACAAUUCAAGUCAUGGCCGUAAAACUGUUUGUUUUUGCUGUGGUAAAGCAGGUCAUACAAAACCAUUUUGUAAGUAUAAGCAUUUAACAUGUACUAAAUGUUCUAAAGUAGGUCAUUUACUUAAAGUUUGUAAAGCUAAAAGUAAAGCUGAGACUGUUGAUGUUAAUUUUAUUAAACCAUUUAAUAUUAAGUUAGAUGUAAGUGGAAUUAUUAUUAAUUUUCAAAUUGACACUGGAUCUUCAAUUACAGCUUUGUCUUAUAGUGAUGCAUGUAGAGUGAAUCUUAAAUUGAAAGAUAUUCAAAAAAGUGAUAUAAGUUUAAAAGGUUAUACUGGUACUUUAAUUAUUCCAAUGGGUUAUUUAAAAGUGAGUGUGAAAUUUCAUGGAAAAAUUGAAGUGUUGAAUUUGUAUAUAAUUAAAGAAGGUGGCCCUCCUAUUGUCGGUAGAGAUUGGAUUGAGAAUUUAUCAUUACCUAUUAAAGGGGAAGUUUAUUCACUUUCAUCAAAAACAGAAAGAAAUAUUUUUGAAGAUUUUCCUUCAGUGUUUGGAGAUGUACUUGGAUGUUAUAAACCUAAAGUGUUUAAAUUAUUCUUAAAAGAUGAAAACAUUAAACCUAUUUUUUGUAAGCCUCGUGUGUUACCUUUUGCAUUGAAAGAUAAAGUGAGUUUGGAAAUUGAUAGAUUAGUCAGUGAAAAGUUAUUAAUUCCAUUAGAGUCUUCAGAGUGGGCUACACCAGUCGUGCCUGUUUUAAAAAGUGAUGGUAAAAUUCGAUUAUGUGGUGACUAUAAGGUUACACUUAAUAAAUGUAUUAAAAUAGACAGAUAUCCUAUACCCAGAGUAGGAGAUUUAAUGGCAAUUUUGCAGGGUGCAUCCAAAUUUUGUGUUCUUGAUUUAUGUCAAGCUUAUCAACAGCUUUCAUUAGAUGAGGAAUCACAAAAGUUAACAACUUUAUCUACACAUAAAGGACUUUUUGUAUUUAAACGUAUACCAUAUGGUAUAGCUUCAGCUCCUGGUAUUCUGCAGCGUGAAAUGGAAAAUAUUCUGAGAAAUAUUGAGGGUACAGUUGCUUUUUAUGAUGAUAUCAUAAUAUCUGGAAAAUCUAAAGAAGAAGUUACUAAAAGACUUAGGGAAGUGUUAGAAAGAUUAGGUUCAGUAGGAUUGACGGUGAGAAAAGAUAAAUGUAAAUUGUUCCAGGAUAGUGUUACUUUUUUGGGUUAUAAAAUAGAUAAAGAUGGUUUACAUGUUCCUGAGGCUAGAGUUAUAGCUAUUACAUCAGUACCUAUACCUUGUAGUGUUACUCAACUAAAAGCAUUUUUAGGAUUAUUGCUUAAGAAAGAUAUACCUUUUGUAUGGGGUAAAGACCAAAACAAAGCAUUCAAUGAAAUUAAAAGUGCUAUUUUGUCUAAUGAAAUAUUAAUCCACUAUAAUCCAAAAUGGCCUAUCAUUAUAGCUUGUGAUGCUAGUCCUACUGGUAUUGAGGCUGUAUUAUCUCAUAAAUUACCAGAUGGUACAGAAAAGCCUAUUGCCUUUACUUCCCGGACAUUAAAUAAGGCCGAACGUGCUUAUGCACAAAUAGAUAAAGAAGCUCUUGCUAUAGUUAAUUCAGUUAAGUAUUUUCAUCAAUAUGUAUAUGGUCGUGAAUUUAUUCUUAGAACAGAUCAUAAGCCUUUAGUAGUUAUUUUUGGUCCUAAAAAAGGUAUUCCUGUCAUGAUAGCAAAUCGGUUACAGCGGUAUGCAAUAUUUUUAUCUGGCUAUAAUUAUGAAAUACAAUUUGUAAAAGGUAUAGAUAAUGGUAAUGCGGAUGCAUUGUCAAGACUUCCUUUAGAUACCACUGCGAGUUCUAAUAUUUUAGAAUCAGAUAAUUACUCUAUUAAUUUAAUCACUGAAAAUAUUAAAGCAAUUUCUGAUUUAGAUAUUUGUGAGGAAAUUAAAAAAGAUACUAUUAUUAAACAAGUUUUUUUUAGCGUUUUCACUGGUCAGUGGCCUACUGACAUUAAAAAGGUAUCUGAAGAAUUGAAACCAUAUUUUAACCGUAAGGAUCAAUUUUCAAUUGAACAAGGAUUACUAUUUUGGGGGCAUCGUUUAGUAAUACCGUCUAAAUUUCGGACUGAAUUGUUAACUGAAUUACACAGCACUCACUUAGGUGUUAUUAAAAUGAAAAGUAUCGCUCGUUCUUUUAUUUGGUGGCCUGGAAUUGAUUUAGAAAUUGAAGGUAUUACAAAAAGAUGUGAACUUUGUUUGAUUCAUAGUGAGAAUCCUCCAAAGGCAGUUCUACAUAGUUGGCCUUGGCCUGAUGGCCCAUCUCUUAGGGUUCAUUUAGAUUUUUUAGGUCCUGUUAAUAAAAGAAUGUUUCUUGUGAUAAUAGAUGCCUUUUCAAAAUGGGUGUAUGUGAAAUUUAUGCCUAAUAUAACUACUUUUUCAACUAUUAAAAUUUUAAGAGAAUAUUUUGCUUAUUGGGGCAUUCCUGCUAAACUUGUGACUGAUAAUGGUCCAUCUUUAUGCUCGAAAGAGAUGGAAGAUUUUUUACAAAAAAAUAGAGUUUUUCAUAUUAAAACUUCACCUUAUAAUCCUGCAUCAAAUGGUGCAGCUGAAAAUCUUGUUCGUACUUUCAAAAAUUUUAUAAAAAAAUGUAACCCUAAUUCUGACAUUGAAGUUGAUGUAUAUAGAUUUGUUAUGUCGUACAACAGUAUAAAACACUGUUCUACAGGUGUUACUCCGGCAGAAUUACACAUUGGGCGUACCUUGCCAACUCAAUUCGAUAGACUAAUUCCUUUUGCUAAGAAUAAAUAUAACAAGUGUUUGGAAAAUGCUAAACAUGUUUUUAGAGGCAAUAGAGAGAAAUCCUAUAAGAUUGGAGAUACUGUUAUGUGCAGAAAUUAUGGUUCUGGUAAUAUUUGGGUACCAGGUACAAUUAUUAAAGUAUUGUCACCUAUUACUUAUCUGGUUCAAAUUAAUAAUUCUUUAGUGUGGAAAAGACAUAUUAAUCAAAUUAUUGAUAGAGUUAAAAAUAUUAAUGUUAAUCAUAAACAUUUGAAUGAUAUUGAAACUAGGUUUAGUGAAAACAAACCAGUAAUUGAAAGUAUUAUUGAGGAAGGAGGAAAAGUUAGUAUUGAGGUAGAGAAGACUAAGUCUGAUGUUAUUGAAGUUAAGCCAUAA